CCGGAUUUGACAUUUUGAUGAGUCAAACUUUGUGAAACUGGUCAAUGUUUGAUUGGUUCUGAACAGGAAGAUAAUGUUGUAAUUUUGCUUUUGUUAACAUAUUUCUUACAUCAGAAUUAUCUGUAUAUCAGUUUAGUUUUAUUAGUUAAAGCAGAAGUCCAACGAAUUCAGUGAUCUUAGAUAGAGUAUCAAACGAGGAAGCGAUUUGCAGGGUUGUUUUCGUCUUUUCAUGUUAAUCAUUGACUCAAGCUUAGCAGGGAAAAUGAAAUCUUUGAUUAUUCUUUUGUGUCUGGUUGGGUGCACAUCAGGUAUCUACAAUGAUCAGGACAGAAUUCUGCUUGAAGAUCUCAAAGUUCUUACACUUUACAGUGACCGCAUGACCACCGGUCGACGAUCCAGUCCAGUUCCACAGCUGAAAUGUGUUGGUGGAAGUGCACAGAAUGCCUACAUACCUCUCACAGUACAGUGCUACAACAGAGGAUUUGAUGGCUACGACACACAGUGGGAAUGUAAGACUGAUAUGGACAAUGAAUACCGGUUUGGAAAGGUUGAGGUCACAUGUGAAGGCUAUGAUUACCCAAAUGACCCAUUCAUUCUGCGAGGAUCAUGUGGGUUGGAAUACACUCUUGAAUACACCAAGGAAGGCUACCAGAAGCAGCAGAGUGGCUACCAGAAGCAGCAGAGUGGUUACCAAGGUAACCAGCAUCACAGCUACCAUCAUAAGAAGACUCAUUACUCUGAUGGUCAUCACAGGCAGCUUAAACCGGUUUAUCUAAAGUGUAAGGAUAUUUUGUCCCCUCUAUACGCAGAACAUGACCAGUUUGGACAGGGACCCCAAGCCCCACCCCCUCCAGGAUUUAAACCAAAUUUUACAUCAGAAACACACACAGCAGGGUCAGAAGGAGCAUACUCUCCACCUUGUGGCUCGGCAACACAUGCUGCUGGUGGGGCAUCCACUGGAGGUGGCUUUUGGACAGGAGCAGCAACCGGAGGACUCUUGGGAUACCUGUUUGGCCAGAACAACGCUGGCACUGGCUGGGGGUCUGGCAGACGUAACUACUACAACACACCUAACACUGGUGGUUCUUGGUUCUCCGGCAACUCGGGCAGCACCUGGGGUAGUGGAGGGAGCAGCUGGGGAGGAGGAGGGAGCAGCUGGGGAGGUGGAAGCAGCAGUGGGUGGGGUGGUGGCAGCAGCAGCAAUUCCAGCAGUGGAACAAGGACUGCAUCUGGAUAUGGUGGAACCAAGAGGAGAUAAAGACUUGAUUUUGUUGACGGCUGUAUUAUUUGAUAUAAAUGUACGAAUGGCAGCAAGAGCAGGCUUUUUGUGUUUUUAGAAUUGUUUUCAAUCAGCUUUAUCAGUGAUGUAUUUAAUAACUUAUGAUGAUGGCAGAAAUGGAAGAUCAGGUAUUGUUCAAAGGGAAUGCUUUUAUAAAUUUCAGAAAUUUCUAGUUUUUCUUUAAAUGUGAAAUUUUAAUAAAUUAUGCAAAAUAACAUUAAUCUGAUAAAAUAAUGUGUUGAGAAUCUGUAUAAUUUGGUUUUAUACAACAUCAUUUAUCCUCAUAGUUAGACUGGUUAUUAUGGGAUUUUUUAGUGGGGAGGGAGUGGGGUUCAUAGGUGAUUAUUUGCCAUCAUUAUUAAAUUAUUUGUUCAGCCAGUGUCUUUUCUUGCCCCUAGACCAGAUUUGAAAGUACUAAAAAGAAAAAAUACUGAGAAUAUUCAUUUGUAUGAACAUUAAUGCCCAUUCCCUCCCACUGAAUUGUCUUUGAAGAGUUAUUUUUAUUGAAUCCCAAACCAAAAACUCAAGGAAUAGAUUGUGGUUCUGGUCUCGAUAUGUUUCGUUGGGUUUUCAUUUUGUCAUUUACUUAUUCCUAAGGUGAGCCAUCUGGUUACAGAUUUUCGAUGCCAUCUCAGCACUAUGAUAUCGUAAAAUCGUAAGUUAUGAUGUCACUACAAUGCAUGCCAUAGCCUACAAUGGUUUUACGAUAUCGUAGCGAUAACAUAGCUUUAAAAAUGUGGGCCCUGAAUGUUUGGAGUACAGAUUAAUAAUAUAAUGAGGUAGCUCUGUAUGAGCGUUUCUGUGAGCUGUUGAAACAAGUAUUGGACACAAAUAUGGUUUUGGUACAAUUAAACAUUAUUCUGUGCAAACUUGCUGCCUAUUGAACCAUUUAAAAUUAACCUACUCCUUUAUAUGUAAAUUAUUUUCGUUUUUGUUACAUGUUUACACCAUAACUGGUGGUGUUAAAAUAUUGAAACAGCUUGUUUAAUGAGAAUGUUAUUACCAUGAUUUUGUUAACUAAAUUACUUUGUGUAUAUUUUGACUUCAUGGCUGUUACAAAAAUUAUUAUGAUCAUGUCGGUCGGUGGUGGGAGUUGAACAGAGUUAAUUAUAAUGCUUUUCAUUGUUAGGAUAACAUUAAACAAUAUACAACCAAUCAUGAAAAACAGAACAUUUUAUUUAUAAUACCCCAUUCUAAAAAAUCUUUAAAAUCCACCAUACAUGUAAAAAAAAUAUUGAGUUACCUCGCAUCUCUCCUCCACCGCACCACCCCACCCCACCCCCAAUGAUGUAAUAAUUUCUGGAACAUUACGAAGUCUGUCUCAUGUUAUGUUUGGGUUCUCCCAUUAUAUUGCUAGGAUUGAAAUGUUUUGUUGUGUUGUUUCUCAUUGGUGUUUUGUAAUGAUAAAAAGUAUAUUUUUUGAAAGUGGUAGUUAUUGGCAAUCAUUAGUUUAAUAAUAAAAUACAAUAUUAAAGCAAUGUGCUGGCUACCAGUGCCUAUCAAGAGUGUGGAAAUGUAAAAGUUAUUUGUUGUUUUAAAACAGGUAAAACAAUGUGAUGCUCACAGCAGCUGUGUUCUAGUUUAUUUCAGUGAAGACAUUAAAAAAUGACUUAAAUUUUGUUAUCGCCUGGCAUGUGUUCUGUAACACAAAGGUCACAAAGUUGCAACACUUUUCAUGCCCUUUGGUUAUAUUUAUUCAAACUGUAAUACACUGUCUUUUCAGUGACUGCAUUUAAAAGCAAACAACUUUACAAGUGAAUUUUUUUUAGCUUUAUACGACUGGUUUGAACUUGUUAACAAAAUUAAAAUACAUCCUACUGGCUUUUAUUUUUAUUAGUCAAACAAAAUAUUAAUUGUUUUAAAAAAAAAAAAUUAUACUAAUAUUUUACACUUUUACAUAUUAUUAUAUAAGUUUGCUCUCGUCUAAACCGGAUUCAAAGGUGACGGAAGAAAUAAAACAAUAUACACAGUCCCGGGUUGAACACACUAGCUAUGGUCACUGAACACGAAUGAUUGUGUCAGUUUACACCAAAAUCUGGAUUAUACAGAUGCUGGUUUGGACAGGGCGCACUGUAUUUUCUUUGAAAUAUAUUCUGACUGGUUAAUAAGUUUGUUUUGCAUAUAAAUGCAUCUUAAAUGUUCUUGUAAUAUAUACAUCGGUUUCUCCUCCAGCUAAAAUCUGUUUCUUCAUUCUUAAAUAUUAUUUGAAUGUGCAAUACUCAUUAUUCAAUUAGUUUGUUAAUUUUGUAGAACAUUGUGUGAUUUGAUUAAAAAAUAAGAUUUUAAUUGUCAUUGCCGUCACUUUGUAAUUGUUGUUUCUCUUAAAGUAUUAGUCUACUGGUACAUAGUUAUUUGUUGCGGUUUAUUUUAUUUAUGAAAUAAGAUAAUGUGUAUUUUCUUUUUUCUUUUGAGUGUGCAUAUUUGUACUUGCUAAUCCUGUGUAAUUAUCUACCCCUCUAUUCUUGAUAGGACUCGUUUUGGAAUAAUACAUUGCCAAAGGAUAUCAUUUUAACAUUCUUUACUGCACAUGUGAUAUUUUUUAAAACAUGAAAUGAGCUACAUGUAUCUCGUACAUGUGAAACUAAUGUUUAAAAGGAGACCCAAUUAUUUAAUUUGUUUUAUUUGAAUUCUUUGGGGUUUUUUUUAUGUGUAAUACAUUUGUAAUGGAAGACGUAUUACAUUUUUAUUAUUAUAAAAUCUUUUCAGAUUUUUUUUUUUUUUUUUUACAUCUAUAUACAAUAAAUACAAAUGUAAUGAAUGUAUUGUUAAGAACAUCCUUUAAAAAUAUUGGAAUACAUUGCAAUCCAUGUAAACGUCCAAAUACUUUGCAAAUUUUCCAGAUUUUUAUCCCUGUUUUAUUAAUCAUGAUUUUAUUCAUAUCCAUAGUUUACUUCAGUUUUUUCAAAAAAAUAACAGUGUAGUAAAUUUUAUUUUUGCUUAAAGGUCGAUGGUGUUCUAUCAGCUAUGGAUUGGUUUGUUUUUCUUUCAUUUAGUUUUUCACUUGUAAGCGAUGUAACUGAACAUUCAUAAACUAGUAAAAUGGUGUUGGUUGCAGAAAACAUUGUUAAGGGUGACAUUAUUAUUCCAUCUCGAUAUUCUGUGAUAAAAAUAAUAAAAAGUGUACUCAUUA